AUGGCAACACCAACAACAACUGCAACAACACCAUCAGUUUAUUGUGAAAUUGAUAAAUUAAGACCAACACAAUGUGCAGUUGGUAUGAAACAUGUUAAUAGAAAAGUGAAUGAAUUAUUAGAAUUAAAAGAGAGUCAAGGUGUAGAUAAAGUUGCAACAUUCUUAAAAUCACAUGCAGCACCAGUUGUAUUAAAAGAUGAUCAAGUAUUUUUAAUUGAUAAUCAUCAUUUAUGUCGUGCCCUCUAUGAAUUGGGUGGUGAUUAUUUUAAAGAUAUUCCAUUAGAUUCAAAUGGUAUCACCUCUUCAAAACCAAUCAUGUUUAUAAAUGUUGUAUCUGAUUUAUCAGAUUUAAAAGAUAAUUCUCAAUUUUGGAAUAAAAUGAAUUCUGAAAAAUGGGUUCAUCCAUAUAAUAAAAAUGGUGAAGGUCCUUUAGAUGUUAAUGAAAUACCAAAAAAAGUUUGUGAAUUAGAAGAUGAUGUAUUUAGAAGUAUUGCAGCAGUUGUAAAGAUUAAAGGUGGAUUUAAAAAAUCAUUUAUACCAUAUGCAGAAUUUCAAUGGGCAAAUUAUUUUAGAUCAUGUUUUGAAAAUAAAAAAGUUGAUGAUAACAAUUUCGAUAAAGUUAUUGACGAAUCUUUAGAAUUAGCAAAGAAUGAAGAAGCUAAAAAAUUACCAGGUUAUAUUGAUAAUUAA